AUGUACCACUUGGCCAAGUCGCUAUACUUAGCUGCCACCAGCAAAGAAGAGUACUCUGUAAUAUUGCUUGGAUUAGACAAUGCUGGCAAAACUACCCUCCUAUCCCAGAUCAAGGCGCUCUACCAACCCCGACCCGAUGGCGCCCCAGCUCCCAACCCGGGAAAAACCGUCCCAACCGUCGGGCAAAAUGUCGCAACGAUAUCCUUACAUGAUAUGAACUUGAAGAUUUGGGAUGUGGGAGGCCAGAUCUCCAUGCGCGGUCUGUGGCAAAGCUAUUACAGUAGCUGCCAUGCGAUCAUCUUCGUGGUGGACAGUGCCGAUGUCGGCCAAGACCCCGACAUCACUCGACUUGUUCAACGUACGGGUUCUGGGGCAGGCCUCACUCGCAACAACACACGAGGGACCGCCAAUUCAGAGGAGUUUUCAGAACAAAAUGUCGGAGUCAAUGCGGCCAGCAGCGAAUUCGGCCGAUUAGAUGAGUGCCGACAAGUCCUCGAGUCCGUGUUACAAAAUGCAGACGUUGCUGGUGUUCCAAUCUUGGUGUUGGCAAAUAAGCAAGAUCGAGAGGACUGCGUGGAGGUGGUACGGAUUAAGGAAGGCUUUGUCCGCAAGGUUUUUGAAGGAGAGACAGGAAGCGGCGUCCGCGACAGCCGCGUGCUGCCGGUCAGCGCGCUACUGGGGUCUGGAGUCCAGGCGGCCGUUGAAUGGGUACAAAGUCGUGUCAAAUGGAACAAAGAGGGUCGUCCGCCGGUGAUGCGUUGA